GGCUGUGUGGAAGGGCCCAGAGAUUACCACAAAGAAGGCCAGGUCUGGAUUCAGUGAGGAAGACAUUCCAGAAUAAGGGAGUUAUCAGGGCCCUGAAAGCCACGAAGCGGCCGGAGGAGCGACCCCUAUAUAGGCCCCUUCCACACAACUGAAUAAAAUCACAUUUUCUGCUUUGAACUGGAAUAUAUGGCAGUGUGGACUCAGAUUUGUUUAUCGUGUCAGAAGCGAACCGAGAGUACAAAUUUUGAUGUAUUUGAAAACAAAUUUUAAAAAAACACACACAACAAUAAUUUGGCAUUAUACUAAAUGUCCUUUGAACAGUAGUUGGCCCCUUGGAGUGCCUCUGGUGUUUUGUAAGAAGGUCCUCCAUAGUGCAUGUGGCAGGGCUCAGGCUGCAUUGUAAUAGGUGUGAUAACCCAGUUCAAAGCAGAUAUUGUGAGAUUUUCUGCUUUGAAGGAGAGACCCUAUAUAUCAGGCCUGGGCAGACUUGGGCCCUUCAGGUAUUUUGGUCUUCAACUCUCACAGUUCCUAACAGCCGGUAGUGUACUGUUUGCUGGAAUAAAAUUUAAAUUCAGUGAAUAAGCUGCUAAUCAGAUAUAUCAGAGCCCUUGAUGGUGCAGCAGGUUAAACCACUGAGCUGCUGAACUUGCUGACUGAAAGGUCGGUAGUUCAAAUCCAGGGAGCGGGGUGAGCUCCUGCUGUUAGCCCCAGCUUCUGCCAAUCUAGCAGUUUGAAAACAUGCAAAUAUGAGUAGAUCAAUAGGUACCGCUUCAGCGGGAAGGUAAUGGCACUCCAUGCGGUCAUGCCAGCCACAUGACCUUUGAGGUGUCUACGGACAACGCCAGCUCUUCGGCUUAGAAAUGGAGAUGAGCACCAAGCCCCAGAGUCAGACACAACUAGACUUAAUGUCAGGGCAAAACCUUUACCUAACCUUUACAAAUAAAAUUUUAUAUUGACUGAAAGUAUGUUUAUUUGGUCUUGCUCAUCUGUGUUGAAUUGGAAUACGUAAAUCUUGUUCAUUUAAUGUGUUACUGUAUUUGUUUCACUGCCCCUUAUCCAGUUGUGUUUUAUGCAUAAGAAAUGCCACACACUGGUUGUUUUAGAACUAUACACAAACUGGAUUACAGGCAGCCCCCAAGUUGGAACAGGAUAGGUUCUGUAGAUUUGUUUUACAUUGAAUUUGUUUGUAAGUCAGAACAGGUAGAUUUUUAAAGUGUGACUCCCACCAGAAAUAUAUAUUCUUUAACUUUGGGUAGCAUAGGUAAGGGUUGACACCUCUGUGGUGUUUGUUUUGCUGUCUGUGCUCCUGUUCAGAAGAUUUCUUCUCAGUUUUUGUCCCUGUGAUAAUAGGAUUUUGAAAAAAAAAAUGGCUUGUUGUGGAAACAAGGAUUGGUGACAAAGCUUCAGUGGAGAUACCCUUUCUCCAUGAUAACUCUUUCAGGAGUGAAUUUCUUUUCCUGGGGCUAAAUUUCUCUCACUUCCUGUUGUCUCAGCCUCAUUUGUUGGCUGGCUUAGGAUUGAAUGAAUGUUUGUACCAUUGGAACCACCAUCAACAGUGAAUUUCGAAGUUACCAUCCUGUCAUUUUUGAGUGUAUUGGUUAGAGGCUACACGGUUUCAUGAAGAGAAGUGAGAAGCCGGAAGGAUAUAGACAAAUGAGGCCUAAAACUUUUCCUGCCAGUAAUUAUACUGGCAGCAGCAGGCAAAUGUUAGAAGAAAUACGAAAGAGCCUUAAAUACUUACCUAAACCCUCUGAUGCUGCAAAAGUUGAGCAAAAUGUUGGUAAAAUAGCUACUGAAGAUCCCAGACAAGGUAGAAAUCCUCCUAAAUUCGUUACCUACCAUAAAGCUUUGGAAGAAAUCAAAAAUUCUCUUGAGCCCUUUGCGAAUGAAACAAGUUCUUCAGCAAGAGGAAUAUCAGAAGUUAAUCGACAAAUGUUGCAGGAUCUACAAGCUGCUGGGUUUGAUGAGGAUAUGGUGGUACAAGCUCUGAGGCAAACCAACAGCCGCAGCAUAGAAGCAGCCAUUGAAUUCAUAAGUAAAAUGAGCUAUCAAGAUCUUCGGCGAGAACAAAUGGCAGCAGCAGCAGCAAGACCAAUUAAUGCAAGCACAAAGCCACAAGGUGUCCAACCUUCAGUCAACCGCAGGCAGAGCUGGAAAGGUUCUAAAGAAUCUUUAGUGCCCCAAAGACAUGCUUCUGCACUGAGAGAUGGCCUUUCUUUUCAUUCUGAAAGCCCUAUAUCCCAGGCUGAUGUAGGAAGACCAUUGUCGGGCUCUGGAAUAGCAGCAUUUGCUCAGGCUCAUCCCAGUAAUGGACAAAGAGUGAAUCCACCCCCUCCACCACAAGUGAGGUGUAUUACUCCUCCUCCACCUCCUCCCAGAGGGACAACUCCUCCUCCCAGAGGGACAACGCCACCCCCAUCUUCCUGGGAAACAAAUUCCCAAACAAAACGUUAUUCUGGUAGCAUGGAAUAUAUGAUAUCACGGAUUUCUCCAGUACCACAAGGAGCAUGGCCAGACGGCUAUCCUCCUCCACCAAUUAAUCCAUCAUCUAUGAAUUCUUCUGCCCAGGGACAACGAGGCAUUAAUUCUGUUCCUGUUGGGAGGCAACCCAUAAUCAUGCAGAGUUCAGUUAACAGCAAAUUCAAUUUUUCAUCUGGAAGGGCUGGAUUACAAAAUGGCAACUGCCAGGCUGAAUAUAUUGUUCACCAGAAUAUUGUGUCUGGUAAUGCAGCAGGUCGUCAACCACCGCCUCCUUAUCCAAUGGCUUCUACCAGCCAGCAGAGCCCUACGCCUUUGCAAAUGCAAGCUGGAGGACCUGCAGCCCCUUCUCCAUAUCCUAAUGGGAACAUUCCUCAAUCUAUGAUGGUGUCAAACAGAAAUAGCCACAAUAUGGAACUAUACAAUAUUAAUAUUUCUGGAAUUCCAUCAUCCUGGCCCCAGCCACCAUCUGGCAAUGGACAUGAAAUCUCAACAUGGCAGUCCAAUAUUCCAGUGAGGUCAAAUUCCUUCAAUAACCCCCUUGGAAACAGACAAAGUCAUGCAACUAAUUCACAGUCUUCUGCCACCACAGUAACAGCUGUUACUCCUGCACCUAUACAGCAGCCAGUAAAAAGCAUGCGUGUGUUAAAACCAGAACUACAAACUGCCUUAGCCCCUACUCAUCCUUCUUGGAUUUCACAACCAAUGCAAGCUAUCCAGCCCAUCUCUUUUUCUGAGGGUCCAUGUACAAAUAUGGCAGUCAUGUCACCUGCGACAGAGGCCCCAAAUUAUCAAGGCCCCCCACCUCCAUAUCCAAAGCACUUACUACACCCCAAUGCAUCCAUCACACCGUAUGAAUCUGUGGCAAAGCCUUGCAAAGAAGAUUUGCCUAGUUUCCUUAAAGAAGAUGAGAGUGAAAAAAAUGAAAUGAGUGAGGCAGUAGAUAGAGAAAAUAAGCAAAUAACCACCUCACCUGUCCCGGUGAGAAAAAAUAAGAGAGAUGAAGAGAGAAGGGAGUCCCGAAUUCAGAGCUAUUCUCCCCAGGCUUUUAAGUUCUUUAUGGAGCAGCAUGUGGAAAACAUACUCAAAUCCCACCAACAGAGACUACAUCGUAAGAAACAACUAGAAAAUGAAAUGAUGCGGGUUGGGUUAUCGCAAGAAGCCCAAGAUCAAAUGAGGAAAAUGCUGUGUCAGAAGGAGUCCAACUAUAUUCGUCUGAAAAGGGCUAAAAUGGACAAAUCAAUGUUUGUUAAGAUUAAAACCCUUGGAAUUGGAGCCUUUGGUGAAGUCUGCUUAGCAAGAAAAGUGGAUACUAAUGCUUUAUAUGCAACAAAAACUCUGCGAAAAAAGGACGUGUUACUUCGGAACCAAGUUGCCCAUGUUAAAGCUGAGCGCGAUAUCCUCGCAGAAGCUGAUAAUGAGUGGGUAGUUCGUUUGUAUUAUUCAUUCCAAGAUAAAGACAAUUUGUACUUUGUGAUGGACUACAUUCCAGGAGGAGAUAUGAUGAGCCUGUUAAUUCGAAUGGGAGUCUUCCCAGAAAACAUGGCCCGGUUCUACAUAGCCGAACUUACCUGUGCAGUUGAAAGUGUUCAUAAGAUGGGCUUCAUUCAUAGGGACAUAAAGCCUGACAACAUUCUGAUUGAUCGUGACGGCCAUAUCAAAUUGACUGACUUUGGGCUUUGUACUGGCUUUCGGUGGACACAUGAUUCCAAAUACUAUCAGAGUGGAGAUCACUCACGUCAGGACAGCAUGGAUUUCAGUAAUGAAUGGGGUGAUCCAGCUAGCUGUAAAUGUGGAGACAGGCUAAAGCCGCUUGAACGCAGAGCAGCACGUCAGCAUCAGCGGUGCUUAGCACACUCACUUGUGGGGACACCAAAUUAUAUUGCACCAGAAGUAUUGUUACGAACAGGAUAUACACAGCUGUGUGACUGGUGGAGUGUUGGAGUGAUUCUUUUUGAAAUGUUGGUGGGACAGCCUCCCUUCCUGGCCCAAACACCAUUGGAAACACAGAUGAAGGUUAUCAACUGGAAAACGUCUUUGCAUAUCCCAGUACAAACAAAACUAUCUCCAGAAGCAUCUGACCUUAUUAUUAAGCUCUGUCGAGGACCAGAAGACCGCUUGGGCAAGAAUGGCGCUGAUGAAAUAAAAGCACAUCCAUUUUUUAAAUCUAUUGAUUUUUCGAGUGAUUUGCGGCAGCAGCCUGCUUGCUAUAUUCCUAAAAUUGCCCAUCCCACAGAUACAUCUAAUUUUGACCCAAUUGACCCAGAUAAAUUAUGGAGUGAGGAUAAGGAAGGCAAUGUAAAUGACACACUUAAUGGGUGGUAUAAGAAUGGGAAACACCCUGAACAUGCUUUUUAUGAAUUCACAUUUCGAAGGUUUUUUGAUGACAAUGGGUAUCCAUACAGCUAUCCAAAGCCUAUUGAAUAUGAAUACAGUAAUUCUCAUAGAUCAGACUCACAGUCAGAUGAAGAUGAUGAGAGGACUAGCAGAGAGUCCCAAAAUCAUGAUCUAGUAUAUAUUUAGUAUAGAGGUUGAGAUGAAACCAUUCUUUGGGAUUCCUCAAUAUAUGCUGCAAGAAUAUCUGAGAUCUGAUUUUCUGCACACUUGGAUUACUGGGAGAAAAGGAAACAUUAUUAUUAUUAUUGGCCCAGUAUCCACUCCCUAUAACUUUGCUUCCCCAUUCAAGCAAGUCUUUUUUGAACAUUAACUUAUUCCAGCAUUGUUAAUAAUUAUUGUAGAAAGCAGCAGUGCUAGGAAAAAUAAAUUAUAAAGUUGAAACUUUUUGUAAGGAAUUGAUUAGGAAAUGGUGAUUUCUGUAGGAAAUUUAAAACCUGUUUCUUUGUAUAUAGACUAUAUAUAUUUAUAUUAAUUUUCCUCCCAUAAUUAUGCAGUGAUAUCAUUGCCUUACAUUGACCAAAUAUUGUACAUACCCUGUACUUCAUUAAGUUGAUGAACAUUUUGUUUGGCUUCUUGUAGUACUUAAGUCUCUUAUACAUGAGGAUGAGUUUGAGAGAAUAAACUGAGUGGCUGCCAAGGAUUCUAGUUUUGGAACAAAGACGCCUAUGGCAGCAAUCCUCACUGACUAGGACUGCAGAAAAAAACAUGCAUAGGAUUGCGUUCUGUUCAUCCGUGAACCUUCUGACAAUAAACAAUUAUAUUUUAGCUCAUUAAUUGUAACUUUGCCUAACGUUUUAUGAAACAAUUGGAUUUGUGGUGCUGUGCAAUAACACAAUUGAACUUGGUGGUGGUAGUGAGAUGAAAUGAUAUUGGCUUAUCGCAAAGUGUCAUUAAUGUGAAAUAAACUUGUUGUGGUUUUUACAAGUUGCUUCUCAUCCUUAGAUUUUGACAGGAAACACGUGAAGAUUGCUUAAUUGCUAAGAUCUCUUAACACUAGCACAGCAUUAGUAAGAGAGAACUGAUUGAGUUAGGUUGUCUACAGCUCCAUUAAAACUGUUCUGGAGUGGAAUCCCAAACCACAGGAUCCUUUUUUUCCAGGCUAAUUUGAUUAUAUGUUUAUGCUCACUUUCCUCUUGAAUUGAGAACAGGCAUUUCUUUUUUAAGUAAGUAGGGGAAACUACAGGUCACAGAUCUUUUGCUUUCUUGCUCACUUUAUAAAUGCAGUUUUGUCUUUAUUCUAAUGCAGAAAUGUUUAUGUAGUUAAUUAACUUUGUGACAUGCCCAUUUAAGACUUAUGCAACCCUAAUUGCUUCUGAAGAAUUAGCUGACUCAAAUCCUAAGCUUAUCAUAUCAGUGUUUAAAAAUGUGUAUAUAGCUAUCUGGUUCUGAAAAACAAUUUGAGAUGUCUUGAAAAAUCUUUAUUGUUCUGCAACAAGUUAUUUAUUAUUUAUUAUACUUCUAAAAAGGACAGAGCAGCUCAUAAGUAACAUUUGGGUAACCUUCCAUCCAGAUAGCAUUUUAGGGCUAAACCUGCAUAAUUUCAUUAGCAAGACUUAAUCAUAUGCUUUCAGAUUUUUGUCCAAUCCACUUUUCUUUUGAAUAGCUAUUUGUGCUGAAACACAUAGAAUAAAGAUUCUAGAAAUAAUACAUGUAGUGUAAGUUAAUAUGUAACAGUGAUUUUUGAGAAAGUACCCUCUUCAUGUUUGUUCAGAUGUGACUCAUUGUUUUCAGUAGAGUUUGCACUUCAUGUUCCAUUUAAUGUCUACUUCUAAAAUUGGCUCCAUAUAUAUUUUACAAGUGGUUGAUGCAGAAUUAUGCCUCCACUUUGUGGAAAAACUUUCUUUAUGAACAAAAGUAACUCGUUUAUCACUAUUCUGUAUACAUUCAAGUCUUUUGUGUAUUGGAAAACAAUUUCUGUGUAUGGAGCUAAAGUGUGAAUCAGACCCUAGCAUUUCUAUUUUUGAAGAAGGCAGUCUACAGUUACUUUGAUAUUUGUUUUUGUAAAGGAAGUCCUGUUUAAAAGAGGACUGUGAGAGUUGUCCUUUGUGUAAUAUUUAGACUUUCCAGUUAAACUGGCAAGCUAUAUUUGCAAUAAAGUGUAAUAUAUUCAUAGUUAAAGCCAGAUAACUUUAAUCUGCUUGCAGGUAAGUAGUUGAAUGAAAUUGUUUGUAAAUUUCCAAACAGAUUUAUUUGCCAUUUAAACCCAUCAAGUCCAGUCUAGAAUUAGUUAAAUAGCUGUCAUAUUGAAAUCAAUAUAUUUUUAAGUACACUAGUAAGCGCUUGAGACCCAUUAUUUUUCUUUCAAAUUUGUCCAAUACUGUUUUCAGUUAAGGAAUGAUGAUUAAACAUUUACAAAUGUAUAUCCUUGGUUGAUUUCAUUAAGCCUACUUGAAUUUAUAUAUGCAAGAUUAUGCAGAUAAUAUUACUUAAAGUUCCUACUACAUUUAAAACCUGUCUGUUGAAAAAAAAUGGAUUAAUGUUGUAUUAUAAUGGAGGAUGCUAAACUAGAUUAACAAAUAUUGGCAGUUCUCAUCAAUGUAGAAUGUAGAAUCCUUGAUGAACUACCCUCUUUUUCUCUUCAGUGUUUAUUUUCGACUUUUGUUAGUAAUAGUCCACAUCAUCAGAUGGUAACAGUUUUUCGUGUCCCGAAAUUUUAUUUCCAAGUUUUGUGCUGGGGAAAAAAGAAAACACAGUGUAUAAUCAUUUGUAUUAUUGUAGGUUUCAAAAUCAAAAACUACGUAUUUCCUUUUGUUCAUGUAUGGAAUGCCAUUAUUUCAAAGUAGUCUCCACUACAGAAGCAGUACGUGCUGUCUCCACAGCCAGCAUUUCUCUGCAUAGAAAUUUCAGUACUGUGUUGUUAUUUUCAGUUUUGCAAUUUGUCAAAACAGUUUUACUUUUGGAGUCAGACUGAACAAAGCGUAAAAAUAUAUAAUCACUCCACAUUGGGUUUCCAAAUAAGCCAUUUCAUUUAAGCGUUUAACUGUUUUGCUCUUCUACAUAUAUACAUAUGCACUGUAUUUAUAAAAUCUUCUCUAAUCAUGUAAUUGUAUUGUAAAUAUUGUUGUACGGUUCCCUUUCUGUUACUAGGGCAGGCCCUCUUGCUGGAUUUUUGUCUACCUUGUUUGUAACAGAAUCUGUAAAAUGUAUGACUAAGCUUCAAGGUGUUUGUUUGUUUUUUGAGAAACUAUCCACUGUUGCAGUGUGCAAAAUUAUAACAAAGAAUGAUUUAUUAUUUGGACUUGGAUACUGUACAUCUGCUAGAGAAUGCAGCGUGAAUGGGUUAAUAGAUGCUGCUCCUGUUACCCAAGGUACCAAUAACAUUUUGGUGGCAAAUAUCCCUGGUAUUUGAAUAGAAAUAUUUGCUUGAACACAACACCAAAGUGAAGUGAUGGUAGGCUUGGGUCAACAUCUGUUAGUAAAAAUCUGAAGCGCCUUAAAUACUUUCCCAUGAAAGGCACUGCUCAAGUUUACUUUUAUAUUACAUUUUGUAUAUAUGCCUUUUAUACUGUAAACAUUCUGAUGAUAAACAUUUCACUUUUAUAAAAAGGAGCUUGAGAGAAGUGCCUUGACAGAACCAUCUUUGCCUAUUUUUGCAUGUAAUAGCUUUUUGAUAAUCCAUUGAAUUCCUUCAGUGUUUUACGGAAUGCUUUCCAAUUUUCUCUAGUGUACCGUUUGCUGGAAUAAUAAAAUUUAAAUUCAGUGAAUAAGCUGCUAAUCAAAUAUAAUUUUAUAUUGACUGAAAGUAUGUUUAUUUGGUCUUCCUCUUCUGUGUUGAUUGGAAUACAUAAACCCUUUUCAUUUAA